AUGCCGAAGUGCAGUCCUCGGGAAGCCGCCAGUGGACUCCUGCGGACUGCAAGCGUCGGCUGCUCCUCGCUCCUCGGCCAGGCCAGCAAUGACGGCUGGCGUGAUGGUCCCACGCUCCGCCUUCCAUGCUGUCGAACAUCACCUCCAGGCGGGAGCCAGCGACUGCCUCGACGACAUUUUCGCGGAGCCCCACGCCAGGCUGCUCGCGUGGCGCAAGGGCGCGACCCAGGCGUCCCACGCGGGAGCGCAGCGCGGCAUGCAGGCGCUGCUCCGCGAGCGCGAGCGCCUCGAGGACCUUGCAGGCCGCCCUCCUGGCGCAGGGCUCAGGGAACGGGAGGGCGUGCUGAGGCUCCAGGCGGAGUCCGAGCAGCUCGGCCAGCGCGUGCGCCAGUCCGCCGAGGCGGCCGCCAGGCGGGCGGACGGCGUGCGGCGGACCAGGGAGGUCAUCGCCAGGGCUCAGGAGAGGAGUGCCGGCAAAGGCUGUCGCGCGAGGAGGAGGCGCUGGCCGACCGCCGCCGCGCCGCGGAGAGGCGAGGCGCCGAGGUGGAUGCCCUCCUCGGCCUCUACAGUGAGCGGCUCGGGCUCCGCUGCGAGAGGCUGGCGCCGCAGACGGUGCGCAUGGUCUUCACGCUCGUCGACCCCUCCGAGCCCCUGCGCGAGUUUUCCUUCUCCCUGGGGCUCGAUGGGUCCUUCGAGUACAGCGCCUUCGGCUGCAGCCCCGCCGUCCGGGACCUGGACGAGCGGGUCGCGACCCUCAACGCGGGGGGGCACUCGAAGUGCGCGUUGCCCGCAUUCCUCUGCGGCAUGCGCCGGGCGUUCCGGGCCGGAGCCGCCGCUCGCGAGCAGUGA